AUGUCCUUCAGCUUCGGCCAGACCAGCGGCGGCGGCAGCUCCGGCGGCUUCUCGUUCGGCGCCAGCAGCGCCGCGGCGCCGGCCUCGACGUCCACUGCGGCUCCGAGUGGCGGCUUCAGCUUCGGCUCCACGGCGUCCACGACGGCGUCCACUGCCGCAGCCCCGAGCGGCGGCGGCUUUUCCUUCGGCGCCGCCCCCGCGACGUCCACGGCGCCGUCCUCGGGCUUCAGCUUCGGCGCCGGCGCCAAGGCCACGAGCGCGGCGCCCAGCACCAGCAGCAGCGGAGGAUUCAGCUUCGGAGCGACGUCGGCAGCCCCCGCGGAGGCCAAGAGCAGCGCAGCGCCGGCUCCUGCGGCGCCCACGGGCUUCUCCUUCGGCUCCAAGCCCGCUGCGACGUCCGCCGCACCUUCUAGCACUAGUUCGGGCUUCAGUUUCGGUGCUAAGGCACCGGCAGCGCCCGCAGCGGAGGCCAAGCCGGCGGCCAGCUCGGGCUUCAGCUUCGGGGCCACGUCUGCGGCGGCGGAGGCCAAGCCGACGGCUGCGCCUGCCACUUCGGGCUUCAGCUUUGGAGCAUCGUCGACUGGCGCGGAGGCGAAGACGGCGACCACGACGUCUACGGCGCCGGCGACGGGCGGCUUCAGCUUUGGAGCGACCAGUGGAGCGUCGACGACGACGAUGGACGCGGCCAAGCCGGCGGAGGCCAAGCCUGCUACUUCUGGCUUUUCGUUCGGAGCUACUGGAGCUAGCGCUGCUACGGGGUCCAGUGCUGCUGCCACGAGCUCGUCGACGACCGCGUCGACGGGCGGAUUCAGCUUUGGAGGCGCCAAGCCCGCGACUUCUACGGCUGCGGAGAGCAAGACAGACACGACAACUGCACCGGCGUUCGGGUUCGGAACGUCUAGAGCGGCGUCGACUGCUGGUGCGUCGACUACGGCAGCCACUUCGACUGCGACCACCACGGCUAUCACAGCAGCGGCGCCGACCGAGACGGACAAGCCCCCGGCUGAGUACAUGGGCCGAACGAUCGAGGAUAUUAUUAAUGCGUGGAGCGAGCAGCUCGAGCGUAAUGCCGACACUUUUACUACAGAAGCCGUUAAAGUAAGCAAGUGGGACAGCGACCUCAUGGACAGCCAACGGCAGCUGGGCGACAUCGCCGGCGAUGUCCGGCGCAUCCAGGUGGCUCAGAACGAGCUGGACACGAACCUGGACACGAUUUUUGCGUAUCAAAUGGAGCUGAAGUCAACGCUUGAGCAAUUGGAGAAGAGCGUGGACAAGAUGUACGAGUCUCAAGAUCAGAUGCCUGUCGCUGCUGAUAUUGAGCGCGAGCAGACUCUGCAGCUAUCCGUGGAUAUCGACGAUCAGUUGAACUCGAUGACGACGACGCUGAAGGAGACGGUAGAGAAACUGAACAAGGCCCAGGUCGACGUGGCAGACGACAACAAUCCGAUGGUGCAGAUCAUGAAGGUGCUGAACGUGCACCACAACUCCCUCCAGUGGAUCGAGGGCAGCGCCGGCAAGAUCAACAGUGAAAUUGCGCAGCUGUCGCGUAAACUGCAGGACUCGUCCAUUUAA